AUGAACAAAAAAUUUUCGCCCAUAAAAGAAACGAACAUUGAAAAAGGCGCCAUCGAUAUAUUUAAGCAAAAAAUCGAAAGAAAAAAACAAAACUACCUAAGGUUUAGUUUUACAAAAAGUUACCAAAAUAGGAAGAGGGAAGAAAAUCGCAACGAUGAAGAGAAUGACAGAGCAGUCUUGACGAACAGCAACGCAGUCUGCCCGAACUGCAGCGGAGUCUGCCCGAACAACGACGCAAUCUGCGCAAAGAACAAAAAGGUGAUACUCAUACAGACAUGCGACACACACGAAAAAUACAUUCUCAAUUUGCACGAUGAGGAAAGCCAGAGCUGCGAAAAGGAUACCCAUCUAGAAGAAGAGGAAGAAAAGGAAGAAAAAGAGAAAAAAAAAGAGGAACAAAAGGAGGAACAAAAAGGGGAACAAAAGGAGGAAGAAAAAAAGCAAGAAAAAAAAUAUAACCACCUUGAUAAAAAAACGCAACACAAAAGUUCACACAAAAAAGAGGACAACAUUUACAUCCCAUUAAAAAUCUUGUCCAACAAAUAUGACUACAGCGAUAUCGUCCAGGCGACGAACAAUUUUGCAGAAGAAAAUAAAAUUGCCAAAGGAGGAAAUGGAGUUGUUUACAAAGGCCUGUUAAAAAGCUGCAUAAGUGUAGCCAUAAAAGUGUUGAAUAAAAAUGAAAACAAUGGUUUCGAAAAUGAAGUUAUCAUCAUGAGCAGAUAUAGACAUAAAAAUAUUUUAUCGCUACUUGGGUACGCCGUAAAUCCAACAUACUUCUACUUAAUCUAUGAGUAUGCCCAUUUUGGAGAUUUACGAACCCUUUUGUUUAACCAUUACUAUUUUUAUAGUAUCAGAGAAAGAGAAAAUGUAGAGGUACAUUUUCCUUGCAAUGUAAAACAGGCGAAUCCCGAAUUUUCUCCAAGGAGAAAAAUUUUCCCCUAUGGAAAUGAUCAGCUAUUAAUGAAAAAACAGAGUGACCUUCGAAAUGGGAUGAACAAUUUGAGAUUUUCUCUCCUUCCGAAUCAACAUCUGCAGAGUACCCAGCGCGUGCCUCUGUUCCUGUCUUUCCAUGUCAGGCUGAAUAUUCUCAUUCAGAUAAUAAACGUGCUGUGCUACCUGCACACCUCCUCGCCAAUCGUUUAUCACAGGGAUUUGAAGUCAGCGAACAUUUUGAUCGACGAGAAGUUCAACGCUAAGCUGGGAGAUUUCGGCCUUUCCUUUGUGUACAAGAAUAACAACAAUGUGUUUAACCUCACGGGUGGCACCCCCGGGUACGCCGACCCGUACUACAUAUCCACGCACGAAAUAAAUGAGCAGACAGAAAUAUACUCCUUCGGGGCGCUGAUCCUGGAGAUGCUGGUAUCGAAGUCACCCGCCGUCCACGUAGGGAAGAACUAUAACUGUAUUUACGGCACAGAUGACAAGUGCCCCAUCUUCUGUCACAGGAAGAAGAAAAGCGAAAAUGAAGACAACGUCUUUGAUUACUUAGUGAAUCACAUAAAUAUGAACGACUACAAAUCGAUUUAUGCCGUCCUGGACCACAGUGUCCACUUCCCUGAAUUCCUUGUUGAGAAACUCACGAAACUCUCCUUCCUAUGCUUAAACCCAAAUAUAAAAAACAGGCCGUCUUCCAAAUUGGUGAACUUAAUCCUACUCGAAAUACAGAAGGAGAGCGAAUUGUACAUCAAACAGAAGAACGAACUGGUGCAGAAAAAGAUCAGUUGCUCUGGUUUGAAGAUGGACGAUUAUCACAAGGGGGAAGAAGACUGUGCGAAGGUUUCCAUGCAGAGUGAUGGAGAGCAUAAGAAGGAACGAAAAAGUCAAAACGUCGAUGGGAACGGAAAAGUCUAUACCAGUGAACAGAAGCACAAUGGGAGAAACACACAGAAGGAGGGAAACGAACCAAACGGUCAGAGAUAUGCGAAUAGUAAGGGAGAAAUAAACUACGACAACGUCAAAGAAAUGUUUUUCAAAUUUAUGUGCGCUGUGUUUGGGGGUAGCCAAGAACACCACCUAGACCAACGGAAGAACAUCAUUACGAAGGACGAAGAUGUAGAAAACAAAUUAUCCAGUAAUUUGAGCAUCGAAUUUUAUACCACCUUUUUUAAGACCUUCCUUGAUGUGUGCACGGAGAGGAGUCCAAAUAGACAAGGAACUCAGGACGAGGAGAGAAACGAAGAGCAGCAAAUCCACAGCUCACCGUUCAAGUACAACACCGUUGGUAACUUAACUCAAAUGAAAGACUUCUUUUUCGAUAAGCUACACAAAGAUAUAUUUUUUAAAAAUAAUUUCUUCAAUUCUUUUUCACUUAAUUUAAUGAAUUGCUACUUUGCGAAGUUCCCUGGUGACUACUUGCAAAAUUAUAGUAGCGGACGAGGUUUGGAGAGCCCAGCCAGGGGGGAGGAAGGGGGUGGGAAGGAAGCGACUGGGAAGGUGACAGCUGGGAAGGUCGCUCCUGGGAAGGGGUCCCCCAUUGGGGGAACCACCGAGGACCCACAGGGAAGCGCUACCAACCAGUUCCAACUCGGAAGUUGCGCCAAUCAGAACCGUUUCGGACGUGCCCUCAAUGAGCGCCCCGUCGGAGGCGCCGCCCCCCCCUGCGAUGCAAACGAGUCGAGCCAGCAGAGUAGGGCGCCGAACUGUGGACUGAGGAGGGUAGGGGCCGACGAGGAUGUGCACAACCCCUUCAACGUUAAGCGACAAGUCCAGGUGACGCCUCUGGGGGGGAACCCCACCGAGGGGGAUGGAAGCUGGAAAGGAAGUGAGAACAGAAGCGGGAAGAGAAGCUGCAGCAGAAGCGACAGCUGCGGUGGCAAACUCUCGGAUGCGCUCUUAUCGGAAGGCAGAAAUUGCAGAAUGAGAAAUAAAGACGCGAACGAAGGCAGCACAUUUUUGAACCAAGGAGGGCAGCCCCCCGGGCAGGCGCAAAAUCGAAAGAAUCACUGCUGCCCCCCGGCUUCCAUCAACCUAAUAAAGAAUGGCUAUCGAGCAAGAGUCCCCUUCCAACGAAAUAGCCACGAUCCAGGGGGAGACCCCGCGCAAAGAAACAAGCCCUCCAUCGCUAUGCAUAGAAAUAAUGGAAAAGACAAACAUUACUAUCAGAACUAUGUGGACAAUGCAAAUGCAGUUAGUAGGAGCAGCCAUCAGAACCAGGGACCUCCAGACAACGAGCAUCCGAAUCAACAAAACAGCACAGACUAUGAGAAGGGAAAUAACUGUCGUGAUGCUAAUAACCCCAUGAUAGGAAGAAAUUCACAGGGACGGUCUCCAGGGAUAUCUCAGGGGCUAUGCAAAAACGGCACCUUUGGCCAAGCGCAGCAGAGUGGACAGAAUGGCAUUGCCAAUUGCGAAGAUGUGUUGAGCCUAUACAGUUCGCCCCUCUUGCAGAAUGAGAAGAAGCCGCAACAGAACGGGAGUGUCAAUAAGUGGGCUUUGAGAAGGAACUGCAGGGAGAGCCCUGCCAAGGUCGACUUCAGCGUCGCGCAGGAGCAGCAGCAGCGACAGCAGCUCCCGGGGCAGAAGGAACAGGGCAUAAAUGACAAGAAGAAGGCGAUGCGCAUGAACGUCGCUGUGGAGGAGGGGAAGGCGGCUGGGAGCUUUGGCGCCCGCAGAGGGGGACCCCGACGCGGGUGCGGGAUGGUAGGCCGCCUGAGUAGCGGCGUGAGUAGCGGAAGGGGCUGCCACAGAGGAAGUAACCGAGACAGCCUUCGAGACGACGGAGGCAUGCCCCCGACGAGGGGACCACAGGAAAACAACGUCAUUCUCAUCUCCAACUUUGCAAACUACCUAAACUUCGACCGAGACAGAAGUGGAAUCGACUCCAACGCAUUCGAGUGGUUCCACAAAAAUGUCUUCGAACUGGUAAUCGAAGAGAACAAAGUAACCUCAGAGGUAACCUUCCUAGACAUUCUCUACGAAUUCGAUAUCUUUACAUUUAAGAAGAACAUCAUUCUUUCAAAUGAUCCCACAUUGUAUGGGUUCCAACUGGGGUGGGACACAAGUGAAUCCUCUUCCACAGGUAAGUACUCACUCAGUGGGAAGUGGUCAGACUAUAGAAACGGCGAGAACAAUUUCAUUACGGAUAAUUUAGCAAACGAAUUUUUUUUCGAAAUAGCUGUUUAUCACGAUGUUGUGAAGAACACACACACAGUGUUUCUCUUAAAAUCGAACCGAUCCAAACAUCAAAUGUGUAACGACAGCGAAAUUGUUUUAAAGAAAACGUGGGUAUCAGAUUAUGUUGGAAGAAGAAAUGACUUCGUUGAAAAAAUUUUAAAAAAAUCCAUUUCGAAUAUGCUGUAUGAAUGUAUAAGUCGCAAACAUUGCUUAUUCUUGCUGCAGGUCCAAAUGAGAAAGUUAAGACAACCCACCCUCUGUAGCGAUGUCAGUGCGAUGAGGAGGGAAGGUUUCUCCUACUACCUUUUCGAAUACAACCUCCGCGUCGUGUGCAACAGUGACAACUGCAUUUUUUCGAACAACUACAUUUUGUAUAAAAAUAAUAUUUACUCGUACACCGACCAGUGUAACCUCCUCUCCCUGCUAGUCUUUUCGGAGAACCAGAUAAUGAAGGGCGGGGGGUCUCCGGGCAAGCACUCGCCCAUCACCAGGCAGCUGGUGCACUUCCCCCUCUACCCCUUCUUCGUCAAUAUAAACCUUUACAGUGACCGGUAG